AGAAGGAGUUUGGCCCCCAGUCAGGUCCUCAAACGUAAACAAGGGGAGGAGGAUGAUGAUGAUGAAGAUGAAGAGUGGACGUGCACAGCGUGCAGCUGGCGUACCACACUGUUAUGCAGUACGUCAGCAGGCUCUCGACGGCCGAGCGAUAGAAGGUCACCAUCAGCUGCCUCUCCAGUCUGUUCUUCCUCAGCACCCUCAGGAAAUGGAGUCUCCGCUGGGCCUUCCGGAUGACCGCAGUUGUGCGCGUGACGUCACGGGUUGUGGAGCUCCUCACAUCUGAACAUUGUUUACAAUCAUGGCCAUAAGCAGCUAGAGCGAUUCAGACAGAGAAAGCGAUGAUUUCCCCAUCAAUUUGAGCGUGGAGGAGGAUAGUGAGAGUGAAGGACUAGAAAAAAAAGACAGGCUAGUGGGAGCAAUUAAGAUGUUAUUAGACACAUUUACUAGGAUAAUUCUGGAAAAUCCCUUAUGUGCUUAUUGUGUUGUAGUGAAAUUAUACUGUCGUACCUGAAAGUCAAAGGGGUGUGGUGACCGCCAGUGUCUCUGAGGGAAGCCACGUUUCUCAAAGAGGCGAAGCGAAGGCAGCCGGUCGGGCCGGGCUGAGCUUUUUUUCCCCCUCCUCCACGGUGGAAGCAUUCCACGUUCGGAACGGCCGGUCGGAGGAGGCAAGACAGUCCGCAGCUGCCUCUUUGACAGGUGCACGAUGAACGACGCAAGCUCUGCUCAUGUGUACGGAAAAAAGAAGCAAAAGUGAUGCAGAGGUGCGAGACCAUCACACGUCUCCGUUCAGGAAGCCUCUGACGCAGCUGAACGCUCGGCCGGAGUGUGCGGACGCCGACAAGCACGAGGAGUUCAUCCGUAGGAUCCUCUCCAAGCCGUUCAAGGUUCCCAUCCACAAUUACACUGGCCCGCUGGGAAUCCGAGCGCUCGGUCUGAAGCGUGCGGGCGUGAGGCGAGCGCUCCAUGACCCCUUCGCAGAGGACGCCCUGGUUCUGUUUGAGCCCCAGUUGCUCGGCGCCCACCAGCUGCUCAAAGCGGACAAGGACAAACUUCCCGUCCACGUCGUUGUGGAUCCCAUCUUAGGGAAGGUGCUCAGACCGCAUCAGAGAGAGGGGGUGAGGUUCCUGUGGGACUGCGUGACGGGCAGACGCAUUCCGGGCUCGUACGGCUGCAUCAUGGCCGACGAGAUGGGCCUGGGCAAGACCCUGCAGUGCAUCACCCUGAUGUGGACGCUGCUUCGCCAGAGCACCGACGCCAAGCCGGAGAUAGACAAGGUCAUCGUGGUGUCGCCGUCCAGUCUGGUCCGCAACUGGUUCAACGAGGUGGCAAAGUGGCUGGGAGGACGCGUGGCGCCUUUGGCCAUCGACGGAGGCUCCAAGGACGACAUAGACCGGAAACUUGUCAACUUCAUCUCCCAGCGGGGCCUCCGAGUACCGACCCCCAUACUCAUCAUCUCCUACGAGACGUUUCGGCUGCACGCCGAAGUUCUGCACAAAGGCCAAGUUGGACUCGUCGUCUGCGACGAGGGCCAUCGGCUGAAGAACUCUGACAACCAGACGUACCAGGCUCUUAACGCCAUGCGAGCCCAGAGGAGAGUGCUCAUAUCGGGCACACCCAUCCAGAAUGACCUGCUGGAGUACUUCAGCCUGGUCCACUUUGUCAACGCUGGCAUCCUUGGCACAGCUCAGGAGUUCAAGAAGCGUUUCGAGCUUCCCAUCCUGAAGGGUCGCGAUGCGGACGCCAGUGACAAAGACCGACAGAACGGCGAGGACAAACUCAAGGAGCUGAUCAGCAUCGUCAACAGGUGUUUAAUCCGGAGAACGUCCGACAUCCUGUCCAAGUAUCUGCCGGUGAAGAUAGAGCAGGUGGUCUGUUGCAAGCUGACCCCCCUGCAGACCGAGCUCUACAAGCGCUUCCUGAGGCAGGCCAAGCCCGUGGAGGCGCUGCAAGGGGGCAAGGUUAGCGUCUCCUCGCUCUCGUCCAUCACAUCGCUCAAGAAACUCUGCAACCACCCAGCCCUCAUCUACGACAAGUGCCUGGAGGGCGAGGAAGGUUUCGAAGGGGCUCUGGAUCUUUUCCCGCCGGGCUACUCCAUCAAAAGCGUGGAGCCUCAGCUGUCAGGGAAAAUGUUGGUCCUGGACUACAUUCUGGCCAUGACCAGGACGACCACCAGCGACAAGGUGGUCCUGGUCUCCAACUACACGCAAACACUGGACAUCUUCGAGAAGCUGUGCAAUUCUAGAAGGUACCCCUACGUCCGACUGGACGGCACCAUGUCCAUCAAGAAACGGGCCAAGAUUGUGGAGCAAUUCAACAGUCCAUCAAACCCAGAGUUCAUCUUCAUGCUGAGCAGCAAGGCGGGAGGCUGUGGACUCAAUCUGAUCGGCGCCAACCGCUUGGUCAUGUUUGAUCCCGACUGGAAUCCGGCCAACGACGAGCAGGCCAUGGCGCGGGUGUGGCGAGACGGCCAGAAGAAGACGUGUUACAUCUACCGACUGCUGUCUACGGGCACCAUCGAGGAGAAGAUCCUGCAGAGGCAGGCCCACAAGAAAGCCCUGAGCAGCUGCGUGGUGGACGAGGAGCAGGACGUGGAGCGCCACUUCUCGCUGGGAGAACUACGCGAGCUCUUUGCGCUCAACGAGGAGACCGCCAGCGACACACACGACAAGUUUCGUUGCCGCCGCUGCGUCAACGGCAUCCAGGCCCGCCCUCCCCCGCCGGAGUCCGACUGCACCAGCGACCUCUCCCAGUGGAACCACUGCUUGGACAAGAAGGGCCUGAGAGACCAGGUGUUGAAGGCCUCCUGGGACGCCGCCAUCUCUUUCGUCUUCCAUCAGCGCUCUCACGAAGACCAGAGGGGCGUCCUGUGAGUGCCUCCCUACAGACAUAUUUAUUACUUCACCUGUCUUUAAGUUUACAUCAAAACUCUAAAAUAAAGUUUGUUUGAAUAAGA